GGUGAGCUGAGGAGAGGUGCGCCCGGGCUGUUAUGACGUCUCCCUCCCGCUGACAUGGAGGCAUCGAGCGGCUCCAGCUUCGGGAUCGACACCAUCCUGGCGGGCGGGCGGGCCACGCCGUCGCCGCCGCCGUCCUGCUCGGACGCGGACACGGCGGCGGGGGGCACGGCGCCCUCGUCGCCGCUGUCGGUCACCGCGGAGGACUCGGACGCCGGCCUCCUCCUCCAUCACCACCGGCAGCGUCACCCGCACCGCCUCCCGCCGGCGCCCGGGCCCGGGCCGCCGCUGGCCGGGGCCGGCUGCAGCGGCCCGCGGAGCGCCACCUCGUCGUUCCUCAUCAAGGACAUCCUGGGCGACGGCAAGCCGCUGGCCGCCUGCGCGCCCUACAGCACCAGCGUCGCCCUGUCGCCCAAGCUCGGGGCCGAGAGCGCCUCGGCUCCGGACGCCUUCCGGCCCAAGCUGGAGCUCCAGGACGAGGGCCGGGGGGCCAGGAUGGAGCGGCGGGACGAGAUGCUGCUGCACGGCGGCGACGUGCUCAAGUGCAACGCGAGCAAAGAGGAAGGCGAGCGCGAGAUCUCCAGCAGCCGCGACAGUCCGCCGGCGCGCACCAAGAAGCCCCGCAAGGCGCGCACGGCCUUCACCGACCAUCAGCUCAACCAGCUGGAGCGCAGCUUCGAGCGCCAGAAGUACCUGAGCGUGCAGGACCGCAUGGACUUGGCCGCCGCGCUCAACCUCACCGACACGCAGGUCAAGACCUGGUACCAGAACCGACGGACCAAGUGGAAGCGGCAGACGGCGGUGGGCUUGGAGCUGCUGGCCGAGGCCGGGAACUACUCGGCCCUGCAGCGGAUGUUCCCGUCGCCCUACUUCUACCACCCGAGCCUGCUGGGCUCCGUGGACGGCAGCACGGCGGCCGCGGCGGCGGCGGCGGCCAUGUACAGCAGCAUGUACCGGACUCCCUCCGCGCCGCCGCCUCACCCGCACUCGGCUGCGGCCGCGGCGGCGGCGGCGGCGGCGGCGGCGGCCGCGGGCAUCCAGAGGCCGCUGGUGCCCCGCGUUCUCAUCCACGGCCUGGGACCCGGGGGCCAGCCGGCACUGAACCCCCUGUCGAGCCCCAUGGCCGGCACGCCGCACGCGCGGUAGGGACGCGACCAAAACAACAACAAAACCCACGAAAAACAAAAGACGUUUAAACCCACGGAGAAGUGGAAAAUGGAGAUAUUUAACUCUGGAACGCGUGGACUGCUCGCGUCUGAUUGUCCGUUUUUUCUUUGUCUUUUUGUACAAAAUCCACUUAACAUUAGCGAAUAAACAGUUCAAGUUUAUUAUUAGAUGGAGACGAACGGAAUGAAUAAAGACG